UGAAAGUAAACGAAAUUCGACGAGUCUCCGCCAUGUUGUUGUAUGAAUCGAGUGACGGUGGGUCGGAUAUUGUGCAUUUAAUUUGUAAAAAUUAUUUAAAAGUCGUGAAAACAGUUAAUCUGUUUGGCUUGCACGGCCAAGGGGACGGGUGCAUCGUCGCAUCGUCUAAAUCAUGAGUUAUCAAAUUCCAUCAUCGCAAAGUCGCACAAUGUCGCACAGCAGCUAUGUUGCUUCUGAUGUGCCAAUGGCACCAAACAAAGAGCAGCAGACAUUGAUGUGGCAGCAAAACUCCUAUUUAGUGGACUCUGGAAUCAACUCUGGAGCUGCUACCCAGGUUCCAUCACUAACUGGCAAGGAAGAUGAUGAGAUGGAAGGUGACCAACUUAUGUUUGACCUUGAUCAGGGUUUUGCUCAGGGAUUCACUCAAGAACAAGUUGAUGAUAUGAAUCAACAGCUUUCUCAAACUAGAUCUCAAAGAGUCCGUGCGGCUAUGUUUCCUGAAACGCUGGAGGAAGGAAUUGAAAUUCCAUCGACACAGCUGGAUCCCGCUCAACCAACUGCUGUCCAGCGUUUAGCUGAACCUUCCCAGAUGUUAAAGCAUGCUGUGGUGAACCUCAUCAAUUAUCAAGAUGAUGCUGAUUUAGCUACCAGAGCUAUUCCAGAGUUGAUAAAGCUACUGAAUGAUGAAGAUCAAGUAGUAGUAUCCCAAGCUGCCAUGAUGGUGCAUCAGCUCUCUAAGAAGGAAGCAUCGCGUCACGCCAUUAUGAACUCGCCACAAAUGGUGGCUGCGUUGGUUCGCGCAAUUUCCAACAGCAAUGAUCUAGAAACUACUAAGGGGGCAGUUGGCACCUUACACAAUUUAUCUCACCAUCGUCAAGGUCUGCUUGCCAUCUUCAAGAGUGGUGGAAUUCCAGCAUUAGUGAAACUACUCAGCUCUCCAGUUGAAGCUGUGCUCUUUUAUGCUAUUACAACACUGCAUAACCUAUUGUUGCAUCAAGACGGUUCAAAGAUGGCUGUUCGUCUAGCUGGAGGUCUACAAAAAAUGGUGGCAUUACUACAAAGGAACAAUGUCAAGUUCCUAGCUAUUGUGACUGACUGCCUUCAGAUUUUGGCCUAUGGGAAUCAAGAAUCGAAAUUGAUUAUUCUAGCAUCUCAGGGCCCAAUCGAAUUAGUUCGCAUUAUGCGUUCUUACGAUUACGAAAAGUUGCUGUGGACAACUUCGAGAGUUCUUAAGGUAUUAUCGGUAUGCUCAAGCAACAAGCCAGCUAUAGUGGAAGCUGGUGGCAUGCAAGCUCUGGCCAUGCAUCUAGGCAACCCGAGCGGCCGUCUCGUCCAGAACUGCCUUUGGACUCUGAGGAAUCUGUCUGAUGCUGCUACCAAACAGGUGGAAGGCCUGGAGGCAUUGCUGCAAAGCCUCGUGCAAGUUCUAGCUUCGACUGAUGUCAACAUCGUGACCUGUGCUGCUGGAAUUCUCUCCAACUUGACUUGCAACAACCAACGCAAUAAGAUGACGGUAUGCCAGGUGGGCGGCGUGGACGCGCUGGUCCGCACGGUGGUGUCGGCCGGGGACCGCGAGGAGAUCACGGAGCCCGCCAUCUGUGCGCUGCGACACCUCACCUCCAGGCAUGACGACAGUGAGAUGGCGCAGAAUGCAGUACGCCUGCAUUAUGGAUUGCCGGUGAUAGUGAAGCUGCUACAGCCUCCUUCUCGCUGGCCUCUAGUGAAGGCCGUCGUGGGCUUGGUACGCAACCUGGCGCUCUGCUCCGCCAACUACGCUCCGUUGCGGGAACAUGGCGCCGUUCAUCAUCUGGUGCGCCUGCUGAUGCGUGCCUACAACGACACCCAGAGACAACGCAGCUCUUCGGGCGGUGGAGCCAAUACUGCUUACGCUGACGGCGUUCGUAUGGAGGAGAUCGUGGAAGGCGCCGUUGGAGCCUUGCAUAUUUUAGCCAAAGAAAGCCACAACAGACAACUUAUCCGACAGCAGAACGUCAUUCCGAUAUUCGUGCAACUGUUGUUCAAUGAGAUUGAAAAUAUUCAGCGCGUUGCCGCCGGCGUGCUCUGUGAAUUGGCCGUAGAGAAAGAAGGAGCAGAAAUGAUCGAAGCCGAAGGGGCAACCGCUCCGCUCACUGAAUUGCUGCAUUCAAGAAAUGAAGGGGUCGCCACGUACGCUGCAGCCGUUCUGUUCCGCAUGUCCGAAGACAAGCCCCACGAUUACAAGAAGAGACUCUCUAUGGAAUUGACUAAUUCGUUGUUCCGCGACGAUCACCAGAUGUGGUCCAAUGACCUUCCGAUACAAUCCGAUAUACAGGACAUGCUCGGGCCAGAGCAGGGUUACGAGGGCCUGUAUGGGACCAGACCAUCCUUUCACCAACAAGGCUACGAUCAAAUACCGAUAGAUUCGAUGCAGGGGCUUGAGAUCGGUAGCGGUUUUGGUAUGGACAUGGACAUUGGCGAGGCGGAAGGCGCGGGCGCGGCGUCAGCUGACCUGGCCUUCCCCGAGCCACCCCACGACAACAACAAUGUGGCAGCCUGGUACGACACAGACCUUUAAACAAAUCGAACGUUUCAAAUGUAAUUUUAUUGUAUGUAACUCGAUUCACAAUUGUAAUUCACACGUAAUUCGUCUUCUAGCAAUAAAACUGUAUAAUCUCAAAACUUACUAAUUUUACGGGAAAGUGUUUUAAAGGCUUAAUAUGUAAAAAAUUUACUAUUAAUCAUGUUUGCAAAUUUUUUUACCUGUUACAUAUCUGUCUUUUAAUUUAAUUUUGUCAAUAGUAGUCAAAACAUUAGUAAACUAAAAAGAAAAGAAAAAACUAAACUACCCUCUUUUGACCAUAUUUACGAGAAAAAUACUGGUGAUAUAAUAUUUAUGCAUAUUAACUCAAUUCCAAAUGUUUUUAGAAAUUGUACACUUUUAAUGCGAAAAGGCGAAUUUUAAUACAUAAUAUGUAUCGUCCGUGCUAAAUUGUGUCAUAGUACAUAAAUGCAAUAGGGUGGGUAUUUGACUGCAUUACGGAAAUCAAAGUACAAAUUGUUCAUUAUUGUCUAUUCUCAGACUAUUCAGUAUUAAAAUACGGUUAUUUUAAUAUGAUAAGUAAUUACAAACUAUCAUAGUACGAUUGAUUUGUGACGUCAUAAGAUGUGAAUUUUAUUUCCGCAACUAAACUGAUAAAUAUCGUUAAAUGCAAAAUUUGAUAUACAGAUUAGUUUCGCCAUAUUCGCGACAUUAAACUUAACACGUUUUUCUUGAUUCAGUCAAUUACCCUAUUUAUUAAUAAAUACGUCUCAAUGGUCAUUGCAAUAACAAUAUUUUGCUUGAACAACUAAAUUUCAAUGUUAUUAAUUUAUUCAAAGUGAAGACAUUUCCAAAUACAGCAAAAUGUGUUUUAAUGACCGUGACGUCAUUUGCCUUUUAUCACAGACCGAACGAUACGAAAAUACCUACUUUUGUGUUAAGUUUAAUAUCAUACUAAAUUAUUACACGAUGCAAUUUUUGUUUUUUAAAUAUUGUAUUGUGUUACAGAACAUUUAUUCGUAUUUUAGUUAGCCAGCCAUACCUCCGGCAUUAUAUGAGCUAUGGAUUCCAUUCUUGCUAAGUUAAUUCUUAGUGCAGUGUGGAGACCAUCAAAAAUUGGUUAUACAAAUUGAAGAAUGUUGGUGUUGAUAAUUUUAAAACUGGUAUACUCGCGAAAUAAUUUCAUCGCUACAUAACAUGCAUUUAUAUUAUGUAGUUUGCCAAAUUUAUAUAUAUUAUUACAUAAUUUUUUUAACAUAACAAUCAACAAAGAUUAAAUGAAAAUGCAUUUUAAAAACUAACCAGUGAAAUUAUGUUGCAAGAGAUAAACGAUACAGAAUGUUAACCUUCCAUGAUUUGUUACUUAGACAGUUCCUACUACGAUCUUGCAUAUAAUAUGUAUUAUCAUGAUAUUAUGUUUAUGAAUUUAGAAAUUAAACUUUUCACACCAACAUCUGCUUUGAGACGACAGAACAAAACUAUGAUUCUAAAAUAACAGCUAACAAAAAAAAAAAACAUUUAUUUUAUUGUUAUAUUAAUUUGUGUAUUUGUUUUAUUCAAAAUAUAAAAAAAAUUGGUGCUGCUCGAGAAGUUAUUGAACAAACGUUUCAUUGUGAUUUUAGGUUUCUGUAAUAAUAAUAAACAUGGGACUUCCAAACGGGUUAAAAUUCUUGCUGAAAAUGAGAAUGUUAUUAUUUGUUAUCUUAUAAAUAUUACCAACAACUCUGCAUUAUUUACGUCGACUCUAAUAAGCGUACUUACGGAAUUCGUAUACGCGUUAAUUAGUAUACAUACGAUAAGAUUUCUUUUGAAUAGGCUUUAAAUAUAACAUUUCCUGGGCACUACUAUUACAUAAUGCAAGUGUGAUGCAUUUAAAAAUAUACGUUUUUUUUUUAAUGAUUGUUCAUUCGUGAAUUUUCCUUUGACAUUUUUUUUUAAUAGUUAUUUAUGGAUAAGACUGCUCGUACGAGUGAGGCAUGUAUUUUGUAACGUUAUUUUUUAAAUAUUUGACUGCCAUUGUUGUUUUUCGAAGUCGCGUGCAAGCUACGUUGUGUCGCGUUUGGUAUUCAAAACUGAGUACGUGGUUUCUUGUCGUAUACAAUAAAUGAAGAAUUAAACAUACGCGGCUAUGAAAUACUGAACGAGUUGAGUGUUUUGGUUCAAUUAAUAAAUCGUUUCUAAGUGAUCGUGAAAGGUGUGAUUGGUUCUCAUGUGUUAGUGUAAGUUUAAUAUGUUUUAUUUCACAAUCGCCUUCAUAAUAUCUCCUUGUCAGCGGUAAUGCAAAGGUCAGUUUAUCGGAACCUAUUUGUUAUCGGCCAUUGUGAAACAUGCCCAUAUGAUCCACGUAAUCGAUGGAAAACCGUAAUUCUGUAAUGACGUAAUCAUAGAAUUCCUUAAAUAAAAAAGCACACCAUUUAGUGAAUGCACUCUUAGAACGUUCUAGACUAAUGUAAUCGUAGUAGUUUUUAAGAAUAUUAAUUUAAAAGUAAAAACAUCCUCUAGGGAUAUCUUUAUGAUUUUUUUUUCUAUUUGUAUUUAAAAAUCGAUUUACCGAUUUUUUUUUGUAUUGAAUCGUGACAUUACUCAAAUACGUUUUGAAAUCCAUGUGUAUGGAUAAUAAAGUUAAGUACUUUAAAUAA